UUUCCUGAUUGGUUCGUUUAUGUCAACAAACUUGCAAUUAUAGAAUCCUGGAGUUCUGAUUGGUCACUGGCUCAGCCUAUCACAGGCUCCUGAGUGUUUCAGCACUUUAUAAAGGUUCAGCACUGACUCCUGAAGUGUGAAUAAACCUAGACUGAGAGAGAGAGGGAGCGCGCACGGUGUUUAACUUGUUCCUGUAGACUUUCCUCUUUUGGACAUUAUGAUCAGAAGUCGUUUUGUUCUGGAGUUGCUCCCUCGUUUUCUUCCUCCGACUUUAGACUAGUUUUUUUUUUUUUUUUGACAUUGUGCAUUUUGCGAUUUGAUUCCCUCUGAGGACUUUAAUGGCUUGUGCAUCCUGACGCACCCUCGCCCUGGAGAGCCUUCCCUCCUCCCCUGUGGUGUGAACAUGUCCGGUUGGAGCUCGGUCCACGUCGCACCCGUCCAGGCUUAUGGAAUAUAGCCUGCUCCGCGCACAUCACCACCCGUAUGCUCUGACAGCCAGUCCGGUGAGGCGGAAGCUCGCGCUGUUCGGCAUCAUGCUCGUGCUCUGGCUCUAUGUGCUGUACUCGUGUGUGGGCUCGUGCGCCACCGUGCCGAGUUCGCGCGUCGACGCGGGCAUGAGACCGGGAGUCGGGUCGCGGUUAGUCCCGCGCGCGCGCGCCUGGACGACGACAACGGGGGACGACGACGAGUACGACCGAACGGGCGUCGGGGUGUUCUCUAGAGACUUGAACCACGUCAAAAGCGACGACGGAGCGGACGUCAGGACGUCGCAGCGAGGUGCUAACGAGGUGGAGCCGGAGGAUCCGCGGGGAGAGGACGCGGGAGGAGAGCGCGGCAGGUCCCCGGCGCACAGCGGCGGCCUGUCCACGUUCUCCAACGGCUCCGGGAGCAAGCGGCUGCCGCACGCGAUCAUCGUCGGCGUGAAGAAAGGCGGCACGCGCGCGCUGCUCGAGUUCCUCCGCGUGCACCCGGACGUCAGGGCGGCGGGAGCCGAGCCGCACUUUUUCGACCGUUUCUAUGACAACGGAUUGGAGUGGUACAGAGACCUGAUGCCCAAAACCUUGGACGGUCAGAUCACCAUGGAGAAGACUCCCAGCUACUUUGUCACCCGUGAAGCUCCAGCUCGGAUCCACUCUAUGUCGCGUUCCACCAAGCUCAUAGUGGUGGUGAGGGAUCCGGUCACACGAGCCAUCUCGGACUACACCCAGACGCUGUCCAAAAAGCCAGACAUUCCUUCAUUUGAGAGCUUGACUUUCAAAAACAGGACUACAGGCCUUAUCGACACCUCAUGGAGCGCCAUCCAGAUUGGCAUCUACGCCAAGCACCUGGACAACUGGCUCCAGUUCUUCCCCAUGAGCCAGAUCCUGUUUGUGAGCGGCGAGCGGCUGAUCAGCGACCCUGCUGGAGAGCUCGGCCGUGUCCAGGACUUUCUGGGCCUCAAGAGAAUCAUCACAGACAAACACUUCUAUUUCAACCAGACCAAGGGCUUUCCAUGCCUGAAGAAGGCUGAAGGAAGCAGCAAGCCUCACUGCCUGGGCAAAACCAAAGGCCGAACACACCCCAAUAUCGACCCCGAGGUGGUGCAAAGGUUACGAGACUUCUACCGACCCUUUAAUAUGAAGUUCUACCAGAUGACUGGACACAACUUCGGUUGGGAUUGAAAAUGAACUACAGAAACUCUUUGUGUUUGUAAUGGCAAUAGAUGUGACAAUUGCUAUCUAUAUAUAUAUGUAAAUGUACAGAAAUCUAUUUUAUAAUAAUUUAUUUUUUAAUUUUUAAGCAAUUAAUUCACUAAGCUGCCUAACCAUUUUGUACAGUGCAUCAGGCUCACAUUUACACCCCCGGCCCCAUGACAUUCCUACUCCCCCUUGGCACUAUCCUCCAGACGGUUGGAUCAAUAGACCUAAUUGCUAUUCACUGUAUCCUUGAUUCAUGAUGCAUAGAGUAUCCCCCAGAUUUUUGUUUUUCUAGCAACACACACUACGAACGGGCAUUUUAUCAGUCAAGCAAUUGUGCGGUGGAAUACACUGAGGCGAGAUGUUAUUAUGCUAAUUAUACAACAUAUGAACCUGAUUAGAUCUCUCAGGUCUCACUGCAUCUCUGGAUAAUGAGGUGAAUCAAAUUGGGUCAGUGCCAGAGGUGCUGUCAUGCAGAUGCUAUGAUAUGAUAUGAUGUAAAGUGCGGUCAGAAGAUAUUACGCUUCUUCUAUCAAAAGAUCUCAAAGUGGAUCGGACCAAUCAGUGUCUAAAUCUCGUCGUUUUCAGGGUUGACCUCAAUCCAUGUUCUUGUUGCCAAAUUACCUAGCAAGUCUGAAACUUCAUUAUAAAGCCUCAAUUGUU